CUGCCGGCCCGCCUCCCCAGUAGGAGCAUGCACUGUGUUACUACUAUUUUCGUUGUUUGUCAGCGUCUGUCUGAUGCUGUGAACUUUAGUUCCCGGUUUAAAAGAUGAAGUUUGCGUUUCACAAUGACCACUGUUACUACAUAUUGGAGGAAUUACCGCAUCAUGAGGGAUUCGAUAAAGCAGAUAAAAUGACAUUAUGGCAGCUUGGGAAACUUCUAGAAGGCGGUCGGAAACAGAGAGGAUUACAUGGUCCUGAAGCCAAGUGGGCCAGUCAGUACCUGCUAUUCCUCCGCUCUCAGACGUACCAGAUAUGUCCAGCGUUUUAUUCGAAAAUGAGCCAGAACCGGUCGGUCAAGGUGGUCUCCUGUCUCAGCUAUAUCGGGAAGACAUCCUACUGUGUGGACGAGGUGCUUCUUGACCUGUUAACCAACGAGCCCCUGGUCCAAACCUGCUACCAUGCCGUAGUUGUGUCUAAAGAGACACGUCGGCCAGUGGCUGUUCUCCAAGAGUUGGCCAAGGCCAACGUGGUGACUGAGCCCCAGGAGGGCAAACGCCCUCUACCGGACCUGAUGUUCCCAAGGAGACCCACAAAGCAUUUUACUCACCGGAGGAUUGUGAUGGCGACUGACACCGACAGUAACCAGCACCUCAACCAGGUAGGGUAUCUACGAUUCAGCCUGGACUGUGUCAGUGCGGCGGCUGUAACAGGUGCACUGUCCGCCUUCAAAAGAGACAUCGUUUACUAUAACGCCAAAAGGGUGUGGGUCCGAUUUGUUGGUGAAGCAACUGCUAGAGAGGAGGUCACCAUCUCCUGUUGGGAAGAUGACAAGUGUUGCCAUGUAAUUUGGGUUGAACUGUCAAAAGGCUCACAGGUCAUAGGCCAUUGUCAGCUACAGUUUUAUGCAGAUAAAAAAGAGAAAGACGUAGAAUCAUUGUCACAGGCAAAGUUAUAGGUGGAUUUGAAGUGCUGAAUUGAAAAAUCAAGAAGAACACAGUAAAGACUGGUGAAUUCUUAAUAUUGCAAACCUGGAAAAUUAUUACCUCAUCUUUGUUCCGUUUGUUUUCAUUUUCAGUCUUUGUAAAGUUUUAAAGGUGUUUCCAGAUGAUUUUUUAACUUGUCUAUCCAAAUUUCCACGUUCUUGAAUCAACUUGACUAUGUCAUCCUAGGCAGGGGCUUCAAAGAGUGCACCGAUAAGUUUAUGUAGAUGUAGACUUGCACCAAAGUGAUCGAUUUAUCAAAUUGUGCACUCAUAAUAUUUUGUGCAUAUUGUAAGUAUUUGGUAUAGCACAAUACAAGUGAUCAGACCUGUCUCGUAGAUACAGUUUCAAAUUAUGCGAACAAAAGAGCCAGUGGUUUCCUUUGGUGGAAUGUACAUAUAAAAAGUGAUAGCAAAAUUACUGUUGCAAAGUUUCUCCUCUCCCCUGUCCUCACUUCUUGUUUCUCUCUUUUUUUUUACAUCCAGACUCUCUCUCUCUUUCGUCCAUCCCGUGAACAAAACAUUCUGAACGUUAGAAUUCACGCCAGCUAAUCUGGGAUGCUGUUUCAUUUCUUGCUUCUACGAAAGCAUGUGAUUUUCAAUGGAAAUGCACAUUUAUUCAGUGUAUUGCUUGUUAAUCUCAGACAUAUUUUCUUUUAGCAUAUUUUAACAAGGCUGAUACAUUUCGAUGAAAACAGAACGUGACAAACUUGCCAUCAAUUAAUGAUUUCUUAUUCCUGACGGGGUGUAGAUAAUCCUUAUUUUGCAGAAUGCUAACUGAAAUCCUAAUUGAAAUAAUGCAUUCAUUGUCAAGAAAAUUGAAACGAUUUUUGUGAAGUGGAUUAAAAGAAAGUCUACUUCCAAUAGCUUUCACCAAACUGUG